AUGAAUACUGCACAAAUCUUUCAAGUGGGCUCACGAUACAAUUUACUAAAGUACCGUGGUCAGGGAAGUUUCGGUAUAUUAUGUUUUGCAUACGACAAACGUACCCAUCAGGAGGUGGCCAUCAAAAAGAUGUCACAUUUGGGUCUAUCCACGACGUGUAAAAGAAUACUGCGUGAAAUUAGAAUUCUACCACAUCUUCAACACGAAAAUAUUGUGAAGAUCACAGAUUUAAUAUAUAGCCCUGUGCCGAGUGCGCAUCCGUCCACCAUAGAGCACGUGUAUAUCAUGCAGAGUCCUAUGCAAUAUGAUUUAGCUCAGCUUAUAGAAUUGAAAAAUCAACAAAUGAUCACUCUAUCUGCCGCGCAUAUAGAAUAUUUUCUAUAUCAAAUACUACUGGCGGUCAAGUACAUACACUCAGCGAACGUACUUCACCGGGACAUCAAACCCACUAAUAUAUUAGUGAACGCCACCUGCCAUCUUAAAUUGUGCGAUUUUGGCGCGGCAAGCGUCAAUGAUUCUUCUUACGAUCAUGAGAGCUACCGUACGGCGUACGGUACAAGUAAUGAAUUAGAUCUAACCUGGCUUACGCCGGCCACUAUACAAAGUUUGGAAUCAGUGAUACGUGAUUCAAGAAAUCGGAUCGAUUGGGCUCUGCGACUCCCGGAAGCCAAACCUAAGGCACUAGAUAUGUUGGACCGGUUGUUGGCCUUUAAUCCCAAUCAACGCAUUAAUGCUGAGGAAGCUUUAGCUCAUCCCUACCUUAAUGAAUAUUACGACUCCAACGAUGAACGACUCACUGACCGACCAAUUUGCUCCUCAGAUCUUCUGACACCUAACCCUUUUCUAACACUCUGUUUUGAAGCUCUGGUCGACGAGUGA